AUGAGUGAUGCUGAGAAAGGCGAGAUUUCUGCUCAGAAAUGUGUCCAGUGCCACACUGUGAGAAAGGGGGGCAAGCCCAGGUCUGGGCAGAAUCUCCAUGGCCUGUUUGGGUGGAAGACAGGUCAGGCUGUUGGAUUCUCUUACACAGAUGGCAACAGGAACAAAGCCAUCACCUGGGAGGGGGACAUUCUGAUAGAGUAUUUGGAGAAUCUCAAGAAAUACAUCCCUGGAACCAAAUUUAUUUUCAUUGGAAUUAAGAAAAGGAAUGAAAGGGCAGACUUGAUGGCUUAUCUCAAAGAGGACUACUAA